AUGGCCUUCAAUGACCUCCUGAAACAGGUGGGGGGCGUCGGACGCUUCCAGCUGAUCCAGGUCACCAUGGUGGUUGUUCCCCUACUGCUGAUGGCUUCCCACAACACCUUGCAGAACUUCACUGCCGCUAUCCCCCCUCACCACUGCCGCCCAGCUGCCAAUGCCAAUCUCAGCAAAGAUGGAGGUCUGGAGGCCUGGCUGCCCCUGGACAAGCAAGGACAACCCGAAUCUUGCCUCCGCUUUACUUCCCCCCAGUGGGGACCACCCUUUCACAAUGGCACAGAAGCCAAUGGCACCGGAGUCACAGAGCCCUGCAUUGAUGGCUGGGUCUAUGACAACAGCACCUUCCCUUCAACCAUCGUGACUGAGUGGAACCUUGUGUGCUCUCAUCGGGCUUUCCGCCAGCUGGCCCAGUCCCUGUACAUGGUGGGAGUGCUGCUGGGAGCCAUGAUGUUUGGCUACCUGGCGGACAGGCUGGGCCGCCGGAAGGUGCUGAUCUUGAACUACCUGCAGACAGCUGUGUCGGGAACCUGUGCAGCCUAUGCACCCAACUAUACUGUCUACUGCGUUUUCCGGCUCCUCUCGGGCAUGUCUUUGGCUAGCAUUGCAAUCAACUGCAUGACACUAAAUGUGGAAUGGAUGCCUAUCCACACCCGUGCCUAUGUGGGCACCUUGAUUGGCUAUGUCUACAGCCUGGGCCAGUUCCUCCUGGCUGGCAUCGCCUAUGCUGUGCCCCACUGGCGCCACCUGCAGCUUGUGGUCUCUGUGCCUUUUUUCAUUGCCUUCAUCUACUCUUGGUUCUUCAUUGAGUCAGCCCGCUGGUACUCCUCCUCAGGAAGGCUGGACCUCACCCUCCGAGCCCUGCAGAGAGUGGCCCGGAUCAAUGGGAAACAAGAAGAAGGGGCUAAGCUAAGUAUAGAGGUGCUCCGGACCAGCCUGCAGAAGGAACUAACUCUAAGCAAAGGCCAAGCCUCAGCCAUGGAGCUGCUGCGCUGCCCCACCCUUCGACGCCUCUUCCUCUGUCUCUCCAUGCUGUGGUUUGCCACUAGCUUUGCCUACUACGGGCUGGUCAUGGACCUGCAGGGCUUUGGGGUCAGCAUGUACCUUAUCCAGGUGAUUUUCGGUGCCGUGGACCUGCCUGCCAAGUUUGUAUGCUUCCUAGUCAUCAACUCCAUGGGCCGCCGGCCUGCACAGAUGGCCUCCCUGUUGCUGGCAGGCAUCUGCAUCCUGGUGAAUGGCAUAAUACCAAAGAGUGCGUACUCACCACCAGUAUCUUGGCUCUCAGACCCACCCACCCUACCCCUUCAGACAUAACUCAGUGCCUCCAACCUCAAUCCCCACGUUCCUCCUUUCUCCAAUCCUUUCUCUCUAGGCCAUACGAUCAUUCGCACCUCCCUGGCUGUGCUAGGGAAGGGCUGCCUGGCUUCCUCUUUCAACUGCAUCUUCCUGUACACCGGAGAGCUGUACCCAACAGUGAUUCGGCAGACAGGCCUGGGCAUGGGCAGCACCAUGGCCCGGGUGGGCAGCAUUGUGAGCCCGCUGGUGAGCAUGACUGCAGAGUUCUACCCCUCCAUGCCUCUCUUCAUCUUCGGCGCUGUCCCUGUGGUCGCCAGUGCUGUCAUUACCCUGCUGCCAGAGACCUUGGGCCAGCCGCUGCCAGAUACAGUGCAGGACCUGAAGAGCAGGAGCAGAGGAAAGCAGAAUCAACAGCAGCAGGAACAGCAGAAGCAAAUGAUGCCGCUCCAGGCCUCAACACAAGAGAAGAAUGGACUUUGAGAACAGAAGGGCUUCACACAGCACUAAAGGGAGUGGGGUUCUACAGGUCCUGCCGCCUACAUGAGGAGGGGGAGUGAGUAGAGGGACUGGACCAUCCAAAUGUGGAGGCUGCCAUUCAGAGAAAUCCCUCCCCAAAGGUCACGUCAGUAGACCCACUAGGAACAAAAGCUCUGACUAUGUGCAGCUUCUUAAGCAGAAUGUUCUCGUCACCGGCCAUCUUCCUGCUCAUGGUCACUCCGCCACCUCCAGGACCUUGCAAAGAAUCUCAGACAAUUAAAUGAAUCUCUUCUACCUUG